AUGAGGAAGGGCGCAAGAUGGCACUCCAUGACUAUGGCGGGUAUAGUCACUUACACGGGCUCGGGGUUGAUAAGGGAGGCUAGGGCCUUCGUGGACCGCCUUGGGCUGCCGCUGGAAUUGGAUACUGAUGGUAUAUGGUGCAUGCUGCCUAAGAGCUUCCCUGAGAACUUCCAAUUCAAGCUGAAGUCGGGGAGGGUGUUGACGAUGCCGUACCCGUGCUCAGUCCUCAACGUCAGAGUGCACGAGAAGUACACAAAUCAUCAGUAUCAGGAUCUGCAGCCUGAUGGCACAUAUGCUAGAUCGUCGCAGAAUUCCAUUUUCUUCGAGAUUGAUGGACCCUACAAGUGCAUGUUGCUGCCUGCCUCGACUGAAGAGGAUCGCCUCUUGAAAAAGCGAUACGCUGUGUUUAAUGAGGAUGGAAGUCUGGCAGAGUUGAAGGGUUUUGAGAUCAAACGUCGGGGAGAGUUGAAGUUGAUACAGGUGUUCCAAGAGGAGUUAUUCCCGAAGUGUUUGGAGGGUGGAAACAUCGAAGAGGCAUACGCUGCGGUGGGGCAGGUGGCAAACAGGUGGUUGGAGGUUUUGGACACCAAAGGAGCGUCAUUAACGGAUGAGGAAGUAAUACAUCUCAUCUCAGAGAAGAAGACGAUGUCCAAAAGCGUCGAGGAUUCGGGAGCUCUGAAGAGCACCAGCAUAACUACUGCUACUCGCAUGGCCGAGUUCCUUGGUCCGUCGAUCCUCCGCGAGAAGGGAAUAUCCUGCCAUCUGAUUAUCGCUCGGAAGCCCUUAGGUGCUACACCAACUGAGAGGGCUAUACCGGUGAACAUCUUUAGUGCAGAGGAGCAUGUCAAGACGAAGUACCUCCGGAAGUGGAUGGGUGAUCCAUCGAUACGCAACUUCGACAUACGAGAUAUUAUAGACUGGCAAUAUUAUCGGACGAGGCUUGGAGCGGCUAUACAGAAAAUCAUUGGUAUACCAGCUAUGAACCAACACGUGAAGAACCCUUGUCCUUCUGUGGAGCUACCGCAGUGGGCGAAGAAGCGGGUGAGGGAGAGGGAGGAUACUUUCAAGCAGAAGAAGUUGACUGACAUGUUUGCGAGAAUGUCAUCUAAGCCCUCGACUACCAACAAGAAGAAAAUUACAAUGGGAGUGCCCAAAGGGGGGCCCUCUGCAUCGUCAUCUUCCUCGUCGAGCUCGGCCGUCCCCUCGCGACCUCGUGAGCAGGAACCGGAUGGGAGCUCUGGUACAAUGGAUAUUGAGGAGGUUAUCCCAGCCUCGUCCGGUGGAGCCCCAGCAGAAUCAUCAUCAUCAUCUAUGGUAGUUGAUGUUGAAGAUGUGUCAGUGGAGGGCAUUGCUAUCCUCAAGCCAGCCCAAAAGCAGCCGGUGAACUGGAAGAAGAAGCAAGCCCAGAAUCUUAGAGAACAUCAUCAGGGCACGAAGCAGCACAAAGAGGCUCUUCGGGAGAGGAUAGAGAGGGCACAGCAGAGGUUGGGUGCUAUGGCUGGUCAAACUACGUUGCCACAUAACGCAGUUGAUACGGCUGGAGGCUCAAGUGAGGGCCCUGUGGUCGGCGAUGCACCAUCUACCGUAGGGGGAGGAGUCUGGAACAUCGCCAAUAGGAAGCUGGCGGUGGCCACAUGGCACGUCCUCGGCUGUGAGCCUGUGAGUGAUGCCAGUGCGGUAACAUUGUGGGUGCAGACCGCUGACAGCUCUAGGGUGUAUCGCAUUAUGCUUAAGCUCGGUAGAAGAUUCCUGGUAGCACUUGAGGAUAGUGGAAGAAUCAAUGAACUCCUCGACGUCAUUGGCUUGGAUAAGGUGGAUUCUACCUCGCAGUUCAGCGGAGGGCUGGAGCUUCCUCGCAAUAUGUUGGCUGAUAGUGUGUUUGAGGUUACGCUGAAGCCGGCGGUUGGUCUGGAGUGGUAUGAGGAGCUGUGCCGAGUGGUGCCGGCUUCUUUGAGGGGCGUCCGUCUGUUUGAGUGUCCUACACCACAAUCGCUCGUCUUUGAGGUUGAGACUACAAUUACCAACACGUUACGACCCUGUUCUGAAAAGUAUCUUCCAAUGCUACAGUCUCCUCCACGGCAUUGCUACAUCUACUUCAUGAUCACUCAUGAUGCUGCUGUUGACUAUACCCGGAUCUUUGCUGCAGUUUACCUUCCGUCUGGUAUGGCCUACUCUGAAGCCCUUGGUGAGGUUAAGAUUUAUGUCUGUGGAACAGAGCCGGAACAACAAGUUACUGAUACGAGUGUGGACCGCAUCUUCCGAGAGUCUUUGUUGGGAGCCAUUGGAGAGGCUAAUGCGGCGGCGUUGGAUCGUAUAGGCGCGGCUCAGGCGAGUCAACGUGGGUGUAUGAGUGAAGGGGCUAUCUCUCUGGUUCAGGCAGAGUACCCGGACACUCCUGCUCAGCUACAAGGUCUUCUAGAGCAGCAGGUCUCCACUUGGCAAAGACGGCAUGGCGCUAUGAUCACUGUGGUGACGACUAACGCUGAAGACCUCCGUCGUAUGUCGCCGCCUUUCGUGCCCACCGAGUCCAUCAUCAUGCGAACACCGAUGGGCCCGGCUGAUGCCAGCUUCCCUCCUAUAGACUGGGUUCGUUGGAAUCUACGACGAUGGGCUAAGCGUUUGCCGAGACUUCAAGGAUGGUUCAAACACGACAGGUUGUGGUUGGCACGGCUUAGUGGAGUGCCGGUCUGUUCCCUCCCCCCUGGUCACGAUGAGGCUAUCUCCGCAGCUUGGGAUGUCAUUUUCGCAAGGAGUGCCAAGGAGCAAGGCUUGGUCCUCAACACUACCCCACAGGAAGAGGUCGAUCGAGUGGACCUGGCUGAGACCUCAGAACUGCUCCUAGAACCCAAGACUGGCCGGCCUGAUCUCGGUGACAUAGCGGAGAUCAACAACCCAGGCAUUUACCGCUCCGUAUGCCUUAGUAUUGACCUCCACAGUACAGUGUGCACUACAGCUCUGGUGAAAGCUCAACAGCUCUCUGAUCUAUUUGGGGGUGAGCUUUCUCGCCAGCGUGGAGUGGUUACGUCCGGUGGAGCCCUGGGAGGGACCGCAGCGGAGUCGCCGGAGUAUAUCGAGACGGGCUUGACUGAUCUGAUCGAUAUCAACGCUGGUAUACCAGCAGUAGCAGAUGGAGGGGAUAUUUCGGUCUCAUCAACGAAGUCCUUCACAUGCCUGAUACGUACGGUGGAGAAGCUAUAUUCGCGAGGGAGAGCAGCGGAGGCGAAGUUGAUGAAAUUGCUGGAAGAACCCGAGAACGAUGCCGACAGGCUUCGGCGAGAGCAGCAGAUAGCAGACGGGUCUUAUGCCGAAACAGUCAGCGCUCUCGAAUGUGAGUUGAAGCAAACCCAAACCUUGCUGGAUGGUCUCUUCCCUUGGGUCUGCGACUCGGCGACUUGCAGUAGGGUCCUCCAGUUCAUGUCGUUUGUACUGCGUCUACUGGUGUCCGAGCUUAAACGUUCCGCUGGAAGCUUAGAGAUAGUGUAUAUAUCGGUCGGUGAUGUUACUAGAGUGUGGAAGGGCAUGCAGAGUGUUGUGGUGAACCAUCCCAUCCUACAGCCCCUCGCUGUGGUCUUUCAGGAUGUCAGCACCAUAGAUAUGUGCGCCUACGGGUUACUAUGGAUGGACCCGGCCAAUUGGUCAGCUCUGCCGACGGACCCGACCACGGGUUCGGUCAAUGCUGAGUGGGAGAUCGAUGCGAUUUGGAAGGUGGCAGACUUCCUCCCGAAUGCGAUGAGAGCGCCAUUUUAUGUGUUUUGUUCGGAAUACCUCGUGCACUGCAUGAAGGCGAUGGAGAAGCUGAAGCGAGGGAAAAGGCUUGUGACUUUGGAUGAGAAGACGCGGAAGAAGCGACGACGAGCCCAGGAGAUUCAACACAGAGAGGAUGAGAUAGCUCAUGCUACUGACGCCCAAGUCCAGGCUCGGUGUGAGCUCGACGAUUUGAUGGAUGAUGCGAGGCGAGGGAGGAGGGAGGGGAGUAACUCUGGAGACGAGGAAGAGGAGGAAGAUGCCGAUCCAGCAGCAGCAGUGAUGACAGAUCAGCAGAUCAUGGCUGAGGUGCAAGCCUAUGCUUGCAAUACCAUCCUUCCGGAACUCCGCCAGAAGCUGUAUCGGUACGUUUCCAAUGUGACUCAAGUGAUGCAGAACGAUGCAGCUUUGAUGGCUGAGCUUCGGCAUAGGAUAGUCGAGGGUGAGGAAAGUGAUGAUUCGGAAGAUGACGAAGAUUCCAUUCAAAGUGACGACGAGGACUUCGAGUUGACACGGAAGGAGCGACUUGAGAAACGUCUCAAUCAAUUCAUGAUGAAGUGGGAGUUCCCAAUGCAAGCUGCCGCGGUGAGUCAAGUUCUCAUGUGA